AUGGCUGCGGAUCCACCGGAGGAGCCCGCGAAGGUGGAGGAGAGGCCGCCGACGACUCCAUCCAGCGCUGCGCUGCUGGAUUGCCACAGUAGCGAGGAGAUCAAGGCCGUCGCCCGGAAGUACGCGGAUCACCCGCUGCAGAACUCCGACCCCGGUGUGUGGGCUGUCCUCACAGCCAUCUCCAAGAAUGCGCGGCAGCGACCCCAGGUGCGCGUCAGUGGAACCCUACCGGUUAUGUCUCCUCCUCCGUUGUGGCGUCAGAGAUUCUGCGCCGUACUCCGUGCAUGACUUGGGAUCUCUCAACGAAAUAUGGUCACUGUGGGAGUGGGCCUGAGGGAUAUCAGAUGGAAUGUUUCUACAUUAUUAUUGUAGAGGAAAAAAAUAGUGCACUCUCAGUUAAUCUGGAGGAACUAAAUGCAGCAAGAUAUGUGGUCGGUAGAAUGUAUUAACUUAAUUACUAGAACUAUGACUGGCUUGGUUACUUUUUAUUUUUCAAUUUGUGCGCUUAUCCAUUUAACGUGACAAAGGAGAGUAUUCUCAUUGGAUCAGGGAAUGAACAUUAUACUCACUGGGGACCAGCAUUGCAUCGGUAGACUAGUGGACGAUCACAGUUUCCGUAUAAGUGAUAUCGCCAUUAGCGGAAGCCAUUGCAGAAUUUUUAGAGGAAACGUGACAGUUAACGAAGACGAGGUGGUCGACUCUCCUGUUCCAGCUUUCUUGAAAGAUACAAGGUGCGGCAUGGAAUGAGGUUUUUUGAGUCUCUUUGCCCAAUUCAAUUCAAUGUAGAACUCAGGCUACCUUUUUCUUUUCUGUUUUGUUGUCGCCUCUGCAGCACCAAUGGAACAUUUCUGAACUGGAGCAAGCUUAGGAAAUCAUCUCCGGAAGUUAGACUUCAACAUGGCGAUAUUAUAUCUUUUCUGGGUCCCCCUCACGAGGGUAAAAAAUGUUUGUAUUUUGUCUGAAGUUGUUAAAUAGUUUCCUAGAACGUUUAGUCGUUAUGGCGCAUGCAGAGAACAAAUGUGCUACAUUGUCCACCAAAGUCCGCCCAGAAAAAUGUUGCUCUGAAUUUCCUAGGGAUUGUGUAUCCAUUUCUAUAACUCUGCCUUCGGUUUCAUCUUUUAUUUUUAUCUCUGCUUUACACGCUAUGCUUCUCCUCUAUUUCAUCACUAACUUUUUGUGAACUUGUUUACUUGCAACUGUCAAAAAGGGGACGGCAGGGUUUAUAGGAAAAUGGAGGAAAUGCCAACAGUUAUGCAGCAUUGUGGGUCAAUAAUCAGAAAAGCAAUCCUCAGGGAACUGCUUCUAGGCCCUGGGGUAAUUAACACAACGAAGCUGCUGCAUUUCAAAAUAAAUAUAAUUUUAAAUGCCUCUUCGGAGUUAUAUUUUCAAGCUUUUUAUAUAAAUUAUUAUCAUUUCAAAUUUUAGUUUGGGAGCGAAAAUGGCUGUAGUAUUUAUGGCGACUUAGCUUCGAACCUGACAAAAGUAUGACAAAAGCCCUUGCGAAAUAAAAUAAGUAUAGAAAAUGUCAAUGGUCUUGUAACACUGUAAACAAAUAGUGGAAUCGAAAUUCAAAGAAUUGCUUCUAGACAUUGGGGAUAACUUGGUAACGUGGCUGGUGAUAGUUUUUGUUUCCUUUUUGCCAUCAUGAUUGCAAUUUUUUUUCAUAUUCUUCAUAAUAUCUGCCUGAAUGUGACACAAGUUUAUUUUUACUCUGAAUUAUUUUCUUCUUCUUUUUUACAGAGAAAGCUUUUGCCUUUGUGUUUCGAGAAGUAUCUUACUCCCUUUUUUCAAAUGGAGCAGUUGUGAAAAGGAAAACAGGUAACAUCUUUGGUCAACAUCAUUUGUAUUCGUAUCUUUUUAUCCUCAAUUACUUUUGUUCAUGAAUUUUUAGUAAAAUCCAUAUCUCAAAGGAUCUUCCACAUCAGUUUUUGUUGUUUGAUUACUUGUACUAUGACGAGUAGGCCUAUCGCAUUUGGAACUUCUCUACUUGUUUGUUGGUAGCUGGACCGUGUAUUUUUUAAAAGAACGCAGUUCUUCUGUGGUGGCUGUACUCUCCAUUUAUUGCUUUGUUCGAGGUAUAAUUCAAAGAAUCGACUAAAAGAGCUUCACCUAAAUUGGCUUUUCCUUCACUAACUUUAAUGUUGGGAAUACUUCCUCAAAGUUCGGCAUAUCAUGAUGCUUAUGUGAUAAUUUUUUUGUUAGAAAUGCAAUUUACUCCUGAAGGCAAGAGGGUGAAAGGUAUUGGCAUUGGGGCACCUGAGGGUCCCAUUUCGCUUGAUGAUGUCCGCAGUCUGCAGCGGUCCAAUACGGUAUUGUCUGCAAAUUUAUUUGAAACUGGAAGUUAUCAUAAGAGGUGUUAUGAGACAUUUAUGGGUGUUAUGUCUAUCUACAUCGUGGAUAUUUGUCAUGGACACAGGCCCUAAGAAAACAACUGGAAUCUCAUGUUCUCACCAUAGAGAAUAUGCAUGCUGAAGCCCGGACCUCCAUCAGUCAUCACGAAAACGUAUGCUCUUCUGUAUUGUCCUGCUACCUUUUGGGAAGUUUUGUUUCUAACUAUCUUGUAUUGUAGCAGACGAACAUGUAUGACCAGAUGCAAUGUCUAGAGUCUCACUCAGCGCCUGUUGAUUUCCUUUCUCUUUUAAUCACCUGUAUUGUGUCUGUAUUUUUGAACCGCCGCAAUAUGUUGUGUUAUCCUACAUUUUUCUUGGCUUUGUGACUCUCGCAACUGACCGGUGUAAGAAACUGUCAUAUGCAUAUCUAGGAGAAUUUACAUGUUCUGGGCCAUCUUUUUGGAUACCAUGCUCAGUUAUUUGUUUACAUAAUUUAUUUUCAGGAUUAUUUACUUGGCAGUUUGAGAGGAAAAUAGAACAUCUGAGUAGACAACAUGAUUCAAUUAGUGAAUGGGACAGAAGCUAUUUCUGUUCUCCGUUCGUUUUGGCUUGAGAUUGCUUGUUUUUAGCUGAGGCUUGAAAUAUAAUCCAAGAUUGAUUGUACAUUUCUCUCAUUCCAUAAAGAAAACGAAAUUGAAUUUUUGUUAUUCUCUAGAUCCUGACAAGUGUUCUAAUGAUUUGACUAGGCAUUCAGACGCAAAAAAACAGACGAAAUCCUUUUCUAGUUUAGGGCUGCGUAUGGUUCUGAACUAUUUUAACCAAGAGAGUAAUUACUAUUACAUGCAUUUUCCAGAGUUACACGUAGGACAAGAUAUUUAUUGAUCAUUGUACAGAGGAUUCUUCUGAGCUUUAUUUUAAGAAAAGAAGAAAGACAUUGCAUGUUGGAAAGAUUAAAAUGACCCUGUUAAGUAAAUGUGCUCCAUGAUUUUUCGUCAUUUGAACAUGUGAGAAGCUAUUUCGAUUCUCUCUCUCUCUCUCUCUCUAAAAUUUUAUUUCAUUAUCAUCAUGAUUUUCUUAUGAAUCACAUAUUUUUCCGAAGCAACGACCGGUCUUUACUUUCAUUUUUUGAAAGUGGAUAGUACCACUGGCUUUAUGGAUUGAAAAAGGCAAUGUUUUCACGCUUUUUUCCUGUUGAUCAUGUGUUCAGUGCACCUACUGAACCUGGCAAUGCAUUAUCAUUAAUCAUAACCUAUCUGGUGAGACAGAUUUUGACAUACCUGAAUAACAUUUUUCGUAGGAAAUAAAAGAGCUCAGAGAAUCUCUCUCAAAUUCAUACCUCGAUCAAAUUAAUGAGUUGCGGCAGAUGCUGGGGGUCAAGCAAAAGGAACUCGAUGAUGUUAAUACAAUUUCAGCUGAACAUCAACAAUCCUUAAAGGAUCUAAAUGAAAGGCUCGCUGCAUCCGUGCAAUCUUGUGCUGAGGCUGAUGACAUAAUAAAGAGGUAAGGGUGUGACAUGGAGGGUGGCUGUCAAUCAUCAGAAAAAAAGAAUGUUCAACACAUUUUCUGCCUGAGAGCCUCUUUUUGUUCCAACAUCUGUUUUCUUAAAUUAUUUUUUCAAUGGCCUCUGAUGGUAAAAAAAAACUUUUUCCCCUUCAGUCAUAAGGGAACUAUAUUAGAGCGUGAGGCCCAGUUAGAUGAAGAAAGAAAUCAGAGAAGGGCAGAAAGAGAAAAGGCUGCGGCAGAUCUAAAAUCCGCAUUGCAGAGGGUUCAGUUGGAAGCUCAAGAGGAAAUUAAACGACAAACUGAUGUAUAUUUACAGCAGCACAGGGAGCAGCAGGAAUUUAUUGUUAAGCUCCAGGUUAAGGAAGUGUACAUGCUUUCGCAUAAAUUUUAUAAUAAAUUCAAAAAAAAAAGUUCCCCGCGAGUAACUAUUGUGUAUUGCACAGGAUUUUGAGAAAGAAAGUCGAUUCCUUGUUGAAACCUUGCGAUCCAAACUGGUAACAUUUUUGCGACUUCCUUAGAAGAGGGCAGCUUUAACUACAUCUCUGAACUGGCAUAUCUUAUUUAUUGAUUCCUCGUUCUGUUUUCUGUGGAUCAGGAAGAGACACGGGAUAACCUUGUAACAUCUGAGAAGAAGGCUAGGCAGUUGGAAGCCCUGCUCCAAGAGGAGCAAACACUGCGUGAAAGCCACAGAAAAGUAUGCCCCACUGAUUAGCAUAUGAUUGACUCCCAGAAAAACAUCUGAAAUGUGUUUUUCCGUUUGCUCUUAUGUUUGAGUUAACCUCAUUUUGAUUUUUUUCUUUUCUCUUUGUUCAUACAGAGAUCUGAAACCUUGGAAUUGGAGGUAAGAAGACUGAAGGGGGAGCUUGAAAGUGAAAAGGUAGAAAAAUGUUUCUGUUUUACCUGGAUCUAAAGCGUUUAUGCUUCGAGGCGUGUUAGUCCUUCUGAUCGAACUAAGUUUAAUUUUAUCAGUUGAAAAUUCUUGUAAAAAUCAUUCUAUACGGAGAAUAUCAAUGACGCAAUAUAUUUUCUGAUUCAGCAUUCAAUAGAGUGUCUUUCUGAUGAAAAUCUGUAAUCAAACUAUCGAUCCAUGAUAUUGGCACAUCCAUGAGCGACCAUAGGGCUUUUCUUCAUGUAUUCGGCUUCUUAUGCACGUCAUCUCAUUUAACCAUAUCUAUCAUAAAUCUUACCAUAAAAAUCAACUAAUCAUGAAUGAAAUAAAGCCCACAUUAGUUUAAAUGGUAGGAAUAUACGCCACAGACAAAGCGUUGCGGUGUUAAAUGUUUGUAAAUUGAGACAAACGUCCUCCAAAUUUUUAGAUAUAUAUGAUGGGAAUAACAUGAGCUUAUUGAACCACUGUCACCAACUAGACUCUUGCAUAGACAAGAGCUUGAACUGUGGACUGUGAUGGUGGGGUUUCAGUGAUUCUUCCCCAUCUAAUCCUUCUACCUUUAUCAGCUUGUCUCGAUAGGCCACCUGGGCAGAAAAAUGUAGGAAGUCUCUUGAAGCCUUAUCUCCUUUUGGUGGCACAUUAAUCAUUGGGGAACCAGGCUUCUAUGGUAAUGAUAAUAAUAAUAAAAAUAAUAAUAUCCUUUCGUUUGAUUACAAGCCGCUUUUUCAUUGAUGUGGGCUCUUCAUGGGACGUUUCUUCUUGCCGUUGAGAGGUAAAAUUUUAACUUUCAGCUACUGUAAAAGUUUCAAUCUAUGUAUUCCCCUUAGAUUGUUCUUGGGCAUCCUCACCCUGAUAUGCAUUUCUUUAGCAGCUACUGUAAAAGCUGCUUAGAUUGUAGGCCACUCGAUCCUAAUAAAUCCGAUUUAACCUGCUUUGAGCCCAGGAUAUUGAUUCUGAUAUGCAUUUCUUUAGCAGGUCGCCCGGGAGGAGGCGUGGGCGAAGGUUUCUGCUCUUGAGCUCGAAAUCGCCGCCGUCAUUCGGGAGCUUUCCACUGAGAAACAGAGAUUCCAGGGGGCCAGGGAGAGGCUGAUCCUCAGGUGAGCUCCAAGGAUUCUCAGGGGAUUGCAUCGAUCAGACGCAGAGAACUGGCUAAACAGGCGGGGCUUUGGUGCGCAGGGAGACCCAGCUGCGCGCAUUUUACUCCACCACCGAGGAGAUCUCUGCUCUGUUCACCAAGCAGCAAGAGCAGCUCAAGGCCAUGCAGAGGGCUCUGGAGGAUGACGACGACGACUGUGACGGCGCUCUGGCGUGCGAAACCGCCCUUCAGGGAACUCCCCGGAGGAACUCCCCGGCGGCGGACAGCCGCGGCGGUGACGAGGACUGCACUCAAGAUAUGGAGCAUGUUCCAGAGACGGAGAGCCCUGGGCAAGCUGAGGCUCACGGCGAGGGUGGCGACGUGGUGGGGGAGACGAUGCAGCUCGAGGACGACGCCGGCGGUGGCAGCUGCUCCCAGCUGCCGAUGAGGACGGCUGAUCUCUUGGCCUCUGAAGGACUCGGCAGCUGGGCCAACAGCACGGCCCCGUCUGUUCACGGCGAGAACGACUCCCCCCCCAGCGGCGGCGGCGGCGGUGGCCGUGGUUGCGCCGCCGCCGCCGCCGCCGCCGCUUCGGUGCUCGGCAGCUUCGACGCGAGCCAGAACAACGCUACAUUUCCGAUUCCGAGCGUCGCCGGAUUACAUGAACAGUUCUCCGCCAGCGGCGGCGGCAAGGGGGAGUCCAUGUCGGAUGCUGAAACAGAGGAAGGCGGCGAUAGCGGAGGAGAUGAAGAUGACAGUGGGGGAUCAAUUGGAAGUGGCGAUCUUGUGAUGAUUCAAGAUUCGGUGGGAUAA